GGUUCUCAUAUCCUCAACUGACUGUCUGAAUAUUUACAUGAUACAACUAUUAACGAUCUGGUUGUGUGAUGUGUAAUGUGAUCUAGUGUAUACGCUUUAGAUCUGUGCGUGCGUUUGUGAUGGAGAAUAUCCUGUCAACUAUAAUCAUGUUGUUGAAUACACAUAAAUUUGCAAAUCUCUCAACAUUCCCGUUCACUUCUCCUAAUCAGUCCAUCUCGUCACACGAUUUCUUCAUAUUCGCUGUUCUCAUUACCGACAUUGGUGUGUGGGUCACCCAUCCGAAUGGUCAGGUCAUUUCAUCAACAAUUCACAAUGAUCGAUUGCAGUCUCUUGUGAAACUCAUCUCCAUCGUCAUCAUUACUCUCAUUGGUGGGUGCGUAACAUUGGAUCGUAUUCAAUGUGAUUCCCUCCUUCUUCUUCGUUCCGAUCAAUUUAUUCAUCAUUCUGUAUAGAUGAGAUUCUCAUUGUUUAGCUGCUUCUCGUGCUUCUCGGAAUAGCAUCAGAGCAACUGUCUGUGUGUGCGAAGCACUUUGUUCUCCAUGAUCCCAAUACAACAGCAUCUCUCACAAAUCUAAUCUCCUCUGUCCACAUUCCAUCCAAUAAUUCUCACUCAUUCCGAGCAUCGUCAACUUGUAUCUCGUCAUUUUCGUAACUAUAUGAUUAGUCCUCCCGAUCUCGCACAUUGUCAGGACAUUGCAUGUACCUAC